AUGGCUUGCUAUAAUUGGUUAGGAUUCUCCACUGUCCUUCCCAAGAAUGCAAAGGAUCGUUUCUUGCGGCAUGAAUUUAAUUGGCGGUCGAAAUCUCAGAAGCAGGGUGCUUGGGUGGUAUGGAUAACUACUAUUUGGAGUAUCUGGAAUCUCAGAAACAACAUCAUAUUUAGGCAUGGCAAUUUGGAUGUUGCUAAGCAUGUUGGUGUAACUGGCUUUUGUUUGGGGGGUGCUCUCUCUAUUGCCAGCGCUAACUUGGUUUCAAAUCUUGAUGCUGCUGUAGCUUUCUAUGGCUUUCCCUCUUCUGGGCGUGAAGACCCUACCAUACCCUAUUCUCCUCUUCAGACUCACUUUGGGGAGUUGGAAAAUUUUGUUGGCUUUUCGGAUGUUAAGAUUGCGAAGAAAUUCAAGGAGGAAUUGAAAUUGGAGGAUUUGAAUGAACCUAUAGCUUCAUAUGAAGUACACAUAUAUCCUGGCGUCGGACACGCAUUUAUGAACAGAUCUUCAGAAAGAAUUAAGAAGCGGAACAACAUGGAAUUGCCUGAUGAAGAUGAAGUUGCAGUUCAACUGUCUUGGUCUCGCCUCGAGAUAUGGAUGACAGAAUACUUAGCUAGUUAGAUAACCUUGAUAGAUAGGAUGCAAUAAUGCAAUUAAGACUUUAUUAUUUGUUAUUGUUGUGCUUGAUGUUUCCUUUAAAUUACGGUGGAACCGAUGCUGGGGAUCCAUUUGGUAUGAACGAGUAUUGGUCCGUAGUAUUUACUUUUAACAUAAUUAUUUUUUAAAAAAAGGAAACUACAUACUUUUGUUGUGCA